AUGUUGGGUCAACUCUCUCAUGAGGCUGUAAUCCAGGCGCCAGCCACCGUGGCAUGGCAGCUCUACGGAGGUCUUGAACUUGCACGACUUGUCGAAAACCGCCUCUCGAACCUUAUCCAGAAAAUUGAGGUGGUUGAAGGCGAUGGAGGAGAAGGAACUGUUCUUAAUCUCAUUUUCCCACCGGGUUUAGGUGGUGCGCCAAGUUAUAAGGAGAAAUUCACAAAGAUAGAUAAUGAGAAUCGUAUAAAAGAGACGGAGGUGGUGGAAGGAGGGUUCUUGGAUAUUGGGUUUACUCUCUAUAGGGUUCGCUUGAAGAUUGUUGAAAAUGGUGAUGAUAGCUGCAUUGUUGAAUCCACCAUUGAAUAUGAAAUAAAGGAAGAGGCUGCUGCAAAUGCCUCACUCGUUACCUUACAGCCUCUCAUAGACAUUGCUCAAGCAGCAAACGACCAUCUACUUCACUACAAACAGCUUAAAGAUGCAUAGUUAAUGAAGUCCAUCAUCAUCUAUAGCCUGUUUUCCCCCCAAUAUUUACCCCCAAUAAAUCAUAUAAG